GCAAUCGAGUUAAAUACUGUUGUACUGUGGAGUAAACAAUUUUGUUACCUGUGAUUAAAUUUUUAAAUUAAGAGCUAUUAUGAAACCAGUGUGUCGGGUUUGCAUGAGCAGCUUCGUCACCCUUGUGGAGCUAUUCUCCCAGCAACCACAGUCAGCGGAGGAACCCAGUCUGGUGGAAAUGCUAACCGAGUGCGUCGAUUGCGAGAUUUAAGAGAAAAUGCGAGCAGAGUCACAAGAGAUUAUGGGAAAUGCAUUGCGAAGAGAAAGCCAUCAACGAUUCUCAACCCCUAGACUUGGAUCUUGUGAAAAUAGAGAAGCCAGAGACUCCAGAUGAAGAGUGCGAAGAAUCCCAAGGAAAAUCAAUUAUAAGUUUGGGUUCGAUAAUGAGCAUUAAUAAGCCCGUUGAUGCCAUGGACUGCAUGGAUGAGAUUGCCGUCAAGGGACUCUCAGCUAGAACUUUUCUUAGUGAUCCUGCGGAAUCUCCUAAUGCGGAUAACAGUGCAUUCAAAUGUCCCCAUUGCCCGAAGUCCUUUAACCAGCGCUUGAGUCUACAGGGACACAUACGGGUUCACGGCAGGAAUCCUUACAAGUGUAAGCACUGUUCUGCCGCCUUCGCCCAAAGAGAUCAACUUGAGGAACAUAACUUGCGAAUUCACAACCUGGAAUUUCCAUACAAGUGUUCUAAAUGCCCAAAAUCUUUUAGCACAAGUACCAAUUUUCAGUUGCAUCUGCGGGUACAUUCCUUGGAUCGUACAUUCGUUUGUCCACAUUGCACAAAGGGAUUCCACCUGCUCGCCAGUCUGCAGAAACAUAUUCAUAUUCAUUCGCCUCACAAGUGUCCACAUUGCCCGAAAACCUUUGAGCGGAAACAGGAUGUCAAUUAUCACAUCCUUGUGCAUACCGGCGAACGUCCUCACAAGUGUCCCCACUGCUCGAAGGCCUUUAAGAAAAAACAACAUAAGGAGUACCAUAUGCUCACACACAAAGGACAAGAUCUAUAACUAUACGGUUUACAUAAGGAUUAUCACUUUAAAAGCUGUUGUAGUAUACGUAGAAGUAUUAAUAAAGAAUAUAUGUAGUUAUUGAUUAAAAACAAUUGAAUUUCAAAAAAAAAAAUGUACCAAAUUUUCAAAAUGUACCUUUUGUUAGUACAUUUGUACCAAAUGUGGCAAUCGACCUCAAGAGUUUAUCGAGCUAAUCGCCAAAAUGUAUUUUACAAUAAAAAGACACAGCUAUCGAUGUUACAAGUAUAAAAA